ACGACGAAGGAAGCAACUGUUGAUUGAACUGACAGACAUGGUGCAAUUCAACGAAGCAAGGCAGAUAAUGGGCGAAAUGAUGAAAGUGACGAUCCUCCAGCCGUCCGAAAAACGUCGGAUGCUGGAGGAUGAUAGGAAACCCUUCUUGGAUCCGAAUAUAAUUAUGGAUGCGAGACAUAGAAUAUUUCGCGAAGAUCUGUGCAAAUCUUCGAGCAAAUCUGCUGUAUUAGCAGAAGCCAGAAGACUACUAGCACAGGAAGAAACGAGAGAACAACAGUUGAAGAGAGAGAAGGCUCUUGUGGAAAAGGAAUUACGCAAGUUUGAGCAGGACUUGAAAAAAUAUCGUCCAAAAUGUUGCGGACCGUAUACAUGUAGCAAGAAAAACAUAGCGAGUUCGAGUGAUGAGGACUUCUGGAAAAUACCGAGUAGAGUCAAGCGGGUUCUUGUUAACAAGAGAAGAAGUAAAACAGCUGAGCGAAAGGUGGCGAUCGUCAAGAAGAGAACUAAGCAAUCGUUCGCAAAAGAUUCCACUGCCCAGCCAAAAAACACUGAACGAUAUUCAAUAAACAAGAUCGAAGGAGCACCCUUUGGUAGUAUUAAAGUAACCAUCAAGGAUAAGCCAAGCUGCGAGUUAGAGGAGCAACGAUCACGCAUCCUGAGAUCAUGUUUCGAUACUUUGCGGGAGAAUGCGCGAGAUAAGCGACGUCUUCGGGAAAUCAAGAUCAAUAUUCAGGACAUCGUGUCUCGAGGAAGACUGAGGAGAUGCAUUCACGUAUGGAAGACGCACGUAGAGAACAUGAAAAAAACUCGACUUGAGGAACACGCGAAAGCAGACACGAGAGGUUCCGACGCUCGUAAGAUCGAGAUGCUGGUUGAUACUAUCGCGGAAACGCAGAAGCAGCUGACGAAGUGCCCUAAAGAGGAGUCAAAGAGUCUUUCUUCGAAUGGAGCGAGAGACACGGAUGCCAAGAAAAAAAUUCCAUCCUGCAAGCCAUUUGUUGUCGAGUCUCCGGCACAGAAUCGGUUGAAUGCUCAAAAGGAGAUCAUACGCAAACAGAGAUUGAAGCUGGCCGAGCAGAACAAGCUCAUCGAGGAGUUGAAGUUGAAGCAGGUACAGGAGGAGAUAACGAGGUCCGGCGAGCAAACGGUGAACGCGGCCAAGGAGACUCUGAUGCAUUGCGGUCAGCAGACUAGAAGAACUCUGAUCCAAUUGAUGAGACAAGCGGGUUACAGAGACAAAUCUUUGACGGCGCCGUUGCGCGUGCCGAGUCCGCCGCAAUUUUUAACACGGAUGGAGGCGCGAGCGGAAGCGAGGCGAAACAGGGUAAAGGUGCGUGAAGAAACACGGCGGAAGAAGCUGGAGGAGGAGAGGAAAAGAGAAGAGGCCACUCGGAGGGAGGAAGAACGUGAAAGAAGAAGAUCGCAACUAGAGGCCCAGCGUGAAGCAAGAAGAAUGCGCGAGGAACGGGAGCAGCAGCGGGCACGCGAGAUAGAAAGAUAUAAGGAACUGAACGCCAUGGCGGAAGCGUUUUAUCGCAAGCACCUGUUGCGACGUUAUAUAAUGCAGCCGUUCGUCGCACUCGUCGAAAGGAAGACCAAUUAUAUGAGUAAAGCAAACGAUCACUACGAACGGCGUCUACUGCGAAAAGCAUUUAUUAGCUGGAAGAUGGAAACAGAAUAUCAGAAUCAAAUAAAGAUCGAACUGGCCACAGUGUUGUACAAUAGGAAUAUAUCGUGGCGCAUGUUACAGCAGUGGAGAGAAUUCGUGAAGGAGGAAAAGAGAAAAGAACAAGUGGCGAAGGACUUCUCGGACAUGAGACUGCAAAACAAGUGUUUCAAAUUGUGGAAGAUAAAGGCCGUGGAGUACAAAACGGAGCGACUGAAGAACGAGCGUUUAGCCACGGAAUAUUACGAGGAAAAAUUAAAGAUAAAAUGCUUCUGUAUGUGGAAAAGAUAUUCGAAGAUAGUCCCCGAUAUCGUGGAAAGCGAGCGUGUCAAGAAUUCGUGGCGAGAGAUAGUGCAAGAAGUAGUGCCAGAUUUCGAUCCCAGACAAAGGGGUGUAUUAAUAGAGGACUAAAAAUAAUAUGAAUAUAUAUAUACACAUAGGUAUGUAUGUAUGUGUCUGUGCGUAUGUUAUGUAACGUAGAUUUCACUGUACACGACAAUUGUUGGCUUUGUACCCAGAUGAGGUAAAGAGGAGCUUUAUUCUUUAAGUACACGUAAGAUAAAGCAGCUUUCUUUCGUUCUUUUUUGCGCAGAAUAUAAAAUGUAAAUUGUCACUAUAUAUUUGUAUAUUCAGAUUUCUCCUCUUUACUCGGACUCGUGUGUGUUUUAGAUAUAUUUGAUUAGUAUAAUUUAUUAUAUUACUCGUACACAAUGGCCACUUUAUCACAGUUACAAUAAAUAUACAAAUGGUAUGCACAAUGAUACAUUAAGAAUAAUGAUGACUAUAAUGCGAGCUGAUGAUUCGCGAUAUGUCGCCGUAUGUGGCCCUGUGAGGGCAACGUUAUGAGCAAAGCGCGGACAUUGUACUCGCCUGAAGUUACGAAUCUUUAAACACGCAAGUAUAUACUGAUAUACCUGAUAUACAUACACAGAGUCGCUCUAUCGAUAUGGCGCACCGAUGGUAACAGGUAUGUUCUAAUUCACCGUUUCAUCGUUAAUUUGUGCCUAUUUCUACCAAUGUCGAUUAAACUUUAAGGCUUCUGUGUCCCUAUUGCGGCUAUCUCGAUUAAUAACAUCGGAAGAGACAAGACGACUGUUCAAGAUUCUUGCGUAAUACAUCAAAAUAAAAAAUUAUAUUCAUAAAAUGACAAUUUUGACCAAUUGAGCACAUUCGUAAAGUAUUCCGGGAACUUUUCUUUUGCUUUAAUAAUUAAUAAAUAGCCGUAAGAUUAACAUGAGAAAAUCAUAAGGAAAGGUAGACUAAAAAGAAAGGUUAUAUAACACGUUAACAGUUAUUUAUUGGUUGAGAGAACAAAAGGAAAGUUUUCGGAAUAUCUUGUAAACGUGCUCAAUCGAUUCCAAGGGAUACUUUAUGAACAUAUCCUUUUAUUGCAGCGUAUUUCGUAAGAAUUUUGGACAUGCGUUUCGUCACUUUUGGUGUCAUAAACCAAGAAUUCUGCGGCAAAACACCAAGAAUCUUAAUCUAAGAGUUUAUAUUCUUCUUAGACAAAGAUUUAAACUUGAAUUAAUAUUUCAUCGAUGUAGAUAGAGAUAGGCAUUAGUAACUUAGUGUCUUAAAUGAGAUCUUUCAGCUUCAGUGAUAACCUUCAAUGAUAAUUCUCUAGUUUGAUUUCGCAAUAUAUUUUGUACGGAGCAUAGCACGUACACUUUGCAAAGUAAAUUCGUUAAUUUAGCCUACAAUUACUACCUAGGUUUUGCAACAAAAUAACCGUGAGACAUUUUUUAGUAUUCCAUGAUCAUACUGACUUCCAGCAUCCAACCGUCGCUCGUUCGACGUCGUGCCUUGAUACAGCAACCAAAGGUGAUACAUGAAAUAGCAAAAGACCACUAGACCGACCAGGAGGCUGUAGAGAGCGGAGACAAAGCAAAGGGCAAUGCUGAAACAAUAUGUACACGAUUAUACAUCGAUCGAUCAGCGGAUGUCCCGAGCAGACAGUUGCGCGACACGUUAUCUCUCACUCGGACUUUUCCGUUGUGAAUAAGAUAUUACAAUAUUUACGACGCUCUCUUGCAGACCUAGCAAUUAUCGUUAUCUUGCGAUUAUUAAAGUCUACAUUAUAGAUCCCCUGUAUCUUUCCAGUUUACUUAGCUAAGUCUGACUUGUGUAAGCGACAUCCAAUCGCGCUUUUUGCGACAAUACAAACGUGCACUUUUCAUUUUGUCAUGGAAUAAUUUCACAGUGUCAUAUUCGGCGUGCUUAGUGUAUAUUAAAGUGCAGAGAGAAAUACAGUAAAUUAAUACAUA